AGUUCCCGCCCUGCAUAAGCUCUAGGGCCCUCUGCAAGCCGACCAACAAGGGCAUUUCCUGUCGCGCAAUGAAGCACAAACAGUGAUUUGCGUCUGCUUUAUACCGACUUUCCUCUGUCUCUGACCCGCGGCCGGGCCGAAGCCAUGUUCAACAUCUCGAACCUGGUGCAGAAGGCCCAACAGUACAUUGAACCCACGCUCAACACCAUCGCUGCUCCCGCAUCGACAGACCGAAGGCCCUCCAAAGCCACCCUUUUUCGCUACCAGUUCCGACUUCCCGACUCGCAGAAUCCCCUCCAGGAGAUCACCGCCGAGCUUACACUCCAACCCCACCACUCCACGAGGGGUAACGGCGACGUCACAUCCGACAAGGACCGCGGCCAGGGCAAUCAUUAUGUGGGCAAACUACAUCUUAGUGAGCAGUAUCUCUGCUUCUCUACGCAGGGCUCAAGCUUCAUCAACACGGCAAGCUUGAGCUCCUCGAGCAGCUUCACAGGCCAAACUCAUGGUGCGGGACCGGCGGGCAAUGGUUUCACCCUACCACUAUGCGGCAUACGGCGCGUAGAGCGCCUGCAUAGCCAGAGCUACAUGUUUGCCCUCGCAAUUACCACAUGGAACGGCACACCAGACUCCAAGUCACAAGCGCCUGCUGGGCAGAAGCUUACGAUUCAGCUUGCCGGCUCGCGGCAGGCAUGCGAGCGGUUUUGCGAUGGCCUCAAGAAGGGCUUGAGGGAAGGUGUCAAGGAGGUGGAGAAUCUACGCAAGGUGGUAGCUCAGUGCUACUCCGAGUAUUUGCUCACCGACGACGAGGGAAAGAAACCGGGCGCGGAUGGCAAGCCGGGAAGGGAACAUCCAGAUACAGGCUUGGGCAUGAUAUUCAGAUACCCUGGAAAUGCAAGGAAGCUUAGAGAUGCGACAAAGAUACGUCUCUGGCGUGAAUACUUGAAAGACAACGGCCGAAGUGCAACCCUGAUCCGACAGCCCACCUUCCACAAACUCAUCCGCGUCGGUCUACCCAAUCGUUUAAGAGGUGAAAUGUGGGAACUCACUUCGGGGGCCUUUUUUCUCCGCCUGCAGAAUCCGAACCUCUAUACCGAAACAUUGCAAAAAUACUCUGGGCGAGAGUCGCUGGCUAUAGAUGAGAUUGAGAAGGACCUGAAUAGGAGUUUGCCCGAGUACCCAGGCUUCCAGAGUGAAGAGGGUAUUGGCAGGCUCCGGAGGGUAUUGACGGCAUACAGCUGGACAAACGAAGAAGUCGGCUACUGCCAGGCGAUGAACAUUGUAGUCGCAGCGUUGUUGAUAUACAUGUCCGAAUCACAGGCCUUCUUCCUUCUUUCUGUGCUGUGUGAUCGCCUUCUUCCCGGGUACUAUUCGCAAACCAUGUACGGCACCCUCCUCGACCAAAAGGUUUUCGAAUCUCUUGUGGAGAAGACUAUGCCCAUACUCUGGGACCAUCUCGUCAAGUCCGACGUACAGCUAUCCGUUGUUUCUUUGCCGUGGUUUCUUUCGCUCUAUAUCAACUCUAUGCCUCUGAUCUUUGCUUUUCGUGUUCUAGACGUCUUCUUCCUCGAAGGCCCAAAGGUUCUCUUUCAAAUCGGUCUUGCUAUCCUUCGCAUAAAUGGUGAGGAAUUACUCGACGCCACAGACGACGGCUCUUUUAUCUCCGUCUUGAAGUCUUACUUCUCUCGACUUGACGAAUCCGCACAUCCAAAGUCGGAAAACCCCAAGCUACGUGCUGUCACCCGAUUCCAGGAACUCAUGGUUGUGGCCUUUAAGGAAUUUGCUGGCAUUACGCAAAACACCAUUUCAGAGCAGCGCGCCAAACAUAAAGACGCUGUACUAGAGAAUAUAGAGAGUUUUGCCAAACGCACAUCGAUAAGGAACCUCGGUCCAGACAGCAAAAAGUUGAGUUUAAACGAUCUGGGAUUCCUGUACGAUAAAUUCUACGCCGUACUCUACGAGCGACAACAACGAGCCGAGAUUAUGCAGCAGGAAGCUGAGCGCAAAGCCAAGGCCAGCAGGAUGAAGGCGACUGAAGUCGUAACGGGUAUUUCCGGUAGUGCGGAGAAGGGGCGAGUAGCGCUCGGGCCCAGUCCUACCCAGAUGGAUUACGAUGCUUUUAGAGAAUUUCUUGCUGGUAUCGCAAAAUGGGCCAUUACCGACUCACCAACCUCUCCGCCUGAAUCCAGCGGUAACCAAAAUGCACAUUCAUAUUUUGGAAAUAGUAUGAGAAAACGACCGCCCAUGUCCCCAUGGGGCUCAGGGCCAGAGCCUGCAGACCACGAAUUCAUGCGCCGCCUGUUCCGACGUUGGGAUGUCGACAUGACAGACUCGCUGUCACUGCAGAACGUUGUCACUGGCUUUGCCAAUGUCAAGGGAACUAAAGAUAUCAUGUCCAACAUCAGCUACUUUUUUGAGCUUUACGACGAUGACGGCGAUGGCAAAGUAGACCGCGAAGGUAUUCUGAGGAUCUCAGAGGCCCUUUUAUUCUUAUCGCGGCGCGGCAUACACGACCCAAGCCCUGCUGCUUCAUCGCUCGACGUAAGUUCUGGGUCCAGCUCGGAGCGCGCGGGCCGUGACGAGCAGUUUUUGAGCAGCGUGUCUGCAUUCAUUCGCAAUUGCUUCGAAUAUGCCGACCCUGAUCACCCCUCGAACCAGGCAGGCCGAGACAUGGAUCAGAUCAAGGACGACGUUGACAACUUUGCGAUCGGCGACAGUGACGAAGAUGACCUAAUAGACUUUGGCUCUGAGCCUGGCACUCCGAAAGCAAAAUCGGCCAAACUUGAGAAGUCAGAAAACAACCCAUUAUCACCCACACCCUCAAAUCGUACAAUGGAUUCUGAUCUGGAAGGACGAAGCGAGAAAGCAAAGUCGGCAAAUCUGGCGCUGGACCCCAACAAGCCUCUCCAUAUUACGCUUCCUACCUUCCGUAUGGUCAUUCUCGCAGAUGAAGCGCUGCUAAACUUCUUUGAGGUUGGCUUCUCUUCAUCGUUCCGCCUCGCUGAUGAGACGCUUCCUUCGGCGUCUAGCUUCCACAACCUCACAACCUUUGCCAAUGCUGGAAAGCAGGGAGGCGCUGCAGGCUUAGGUGGUGUUGUUGGUGGAGCUGGCGUCGGUGUUGUACCACCUGGCAAGGGGCUCCGAGGCAUGCUUGACAACAUUGUUAAUGAUGGCAUGAGAGUUGCCACAGAGGUCAGAAGAAGGUAUGACGAGGCUCAAAAGGAACUUGACAAGGAAGCACGACAUGGCAAGGAUGAUGAAGAAGAGGAGGAAGACGUAGAUGUCAAAGAUCUUGAUCUUCUGGAAGGCGCUGAGACAGCUGGCGUAGGUGCAUCAAAAGGCGAGGUUCCCCCUGACUUGCUAUCACCGACUGGUGCAGGAGAAGAACCUCCACUGCUCGAACAAACCGUUCCCCAGCACUUUGCAGGUGUUGUGAGACAGUAUGGUGACCGUGAUGCAGUUAUCUCGCACCAUCAGCGCAUACGGCUGACGUACGAUGCGCUGGAUCGCGACUCGAACAGACUAGCAAGAGGAUUACAGAAUCUGGGAGUCAAGAAGGGAGACAGGGUUGCAGCGAGCUUGGGAAACAAUAUUGAGUUUGCUACUAUCACGUAUGCACUUUUCAAACUGGGAGCAAUACUGGUACCCCUAAAUCCUUCUUUUAACGCACCACAAGUCCUAAACGCCAUCAAUCACUUAGACGCUUCCCAUCUUAUAAUUGGAGCCGAGACAAACCUUCCACGAAAAGACCCGCGUCCCAACAUCUCGUUGCUUACACACUUGAUACCUAAUCUUGCCGGUUCGAAACUCGAGUCGGAACUCGUUCCUUCGCUAAAGAAGGUCGUGGUGGUGGACAAUGCCCAAGGGAGGAUAAAUUUGGACGAGUACAAGUGCCUGGGAAGAUUUCAGGAUGUAAUUGAGGAUGGUGGCCAGGGUUCAGCAUUACAGGAUCAAGGACUCGACCCUCAUGAUAUUGUCAACAUCCAGUUCACUUCGGGUACAACCAGUAUGCCAAAAGCUGCGUGCUUGACCCAUAUGAAUAUUUUGAAUAAUGGCAACAGUAUCGGCGAUAGGAUGCUGCUGACAGAGAGCGACAUUGUCUGUUGCCCGCCUCCGUUAUUCCACUGCUUCGGAUGUAUUCUUGGAUACAUGGCUACAGCAACCCACGGGAGCGCUAUAGUCUUCCCUACCGAGGCUUUCAAUGCUCUUGCUACCCUUGAGGCUGUCCGAGAACAUAAGUGCACUGCCCUAUACGGUGUUCCCACAAUGUUUGUGGCGGAGCUGGAACUCCUAGCCAAUGGCGCAGUACCAUACGAAGGCUUCCAGUACCUACGCACUGGAAUCGCAGCCGGAUCUUCCAUUCCUGCUGAGCUGAUGCGCAAGCUUCAUAAAAUACUGAACCUGACGGAGCUGACCAUUUGCUAUGGAAUGACGGAAACAAGCCCGGUCUCAGCCAUGACCACCACGGAUGAUCCUAUUGAGAAGCGCAUCAACACUGUGGGCCGGCUUCUUCCACAUGUUCGCGCAAAAGUUGUCAACGCUUCAGAUUGGUCGAAAACACUCGAUGUAGGCCAGCGUGGUGAACUAGCCGUCUCGGGCUAUCUCCUUAUGAAAGGCUAUUGGGGCGACACGGCGCGCACGGAAGAAGUUCUUCAACCAGACGAGGAUGGUGUCAUGUGGAUGCACACUGGUGAUGAGGCCUCCAUGGACGAGGAAGGGUACAUCAAAAUCACCGGAAGAAUUAAGGACCUCAUUAUCAAGGGCGGAGAGAACAUUCAUCCGCUUGAGGUUGAGAAUUGUCUUUUUGCUCAUCCAGCCGUCAGCGAAGUCAGUGUCAUCGGGCUACCGGAUGAGAGAUAUGGCGAGGUUGUUGCAGCUUUUAUCGUAAGACAUGCUGGAGAAGAUGGAAAAGUAACAGCCGAUGAAGUGAGGACUUGGGUCAGGGAAAAGCUGAGCCAUCAUCUGGUUCCGAAAUACGUCUUUUGGGUGGACAAUUAUCCAAAAACAGCGAGCGGUAAGAUUCAAAAAUUCAAGCUUAAGGAACAAGGGAUUGCGCUGCUACAAGAGGGUCAAGGGCUGAAGUAAGAGCAUUUGAGUUUGCUUUAGAUGUCCCGUAUUGUUCUGAGUCAUUUAAUUGCCGUUUUCAUCAAGGAUCACCACAAUGGUACUAUGCAGACUCUUUCACAUGCCGGGAAUAGUAGUCGAUAAUGUGGGGCUUCGAAUUCAAUGAGUAAAACUCAUGAUGCACUAAAAUGCGACAGUCAUCAUCGG